CUGUUGAAAAGAACAAUGUCAUGCAUUAUGGAACAUGUUGGGAGCAGUAUUUUAGUCGGUAAUGGUGGCAACUGUCAAGUGUCAGGUUUAAGUUAAGGGAAUUUGUUUUCGUCCUAGAAUUCCGAUUUAUGUUGUUGUUGGGUUGGGAGUUACUAGGAUUAAGGAGUGAAUAACUAACGACUUGCGGAAUAGGUGGCCCCUAUCUUAAUGUAAUGCAUCCGUAGUUUCAACGUCGUCAAUCCACAAUCUUUAGUUGUUGCCAACCUCCUCUAGGGUUCCUCUGUUUCUUAACUUUCUUCACAUCAAUGGCAAAGAAGAGAACCGCACCUCAGAACAAGACCCAGAUGAUGAAUCCCAUGCCAAAACAUUCUCAACAGCCAAGAAGCUCACCUCCUAAACGCCGCACUGAUUUCUCUUUCUUCACGCGCUCUCCCUCCUCCUUCUCCAACCCUACUUCUGGUUCCUCACCAGAUUCAUCUUCUGGUGAAGUGAGGUUGUCCGAUGUUGCUUCAAGCUGUUUGCAGGGGAGGAGAAUGACAAUGAAACAAUUUUCUGAAGAUAUGCUGGUUCGAUGCAGCUUUUACCAAGAGGGUAGACCGGUAUGUUCAUCUGAGUCUUUUGAUACUCCGGUUGUGGAAGUUGAUUCAGCUGUUCAAGAUGAAAGUCUCAACCUUGGUGGACAUAGGGAUGCUUGCAAUGAAAAAAUUAAUAUUUCCAAGAUGUCAGAAUCUACCCCUCUUGAAUCAUCUGUCAGUGAUAGCAGUUCUCUUGCUGUAACUCCUGGAAGUGUUGUAUGGGCGAGGACAGAUUCUCAAGUGUGGUGGCCUGCUGAGAUCAUGGAAGAAACAUCUGUGCUAUCCAACCCUGGCAAUGAUGGACAUGUUUUAGUGCAGUUUUAUGGAAAUCUUCCCAGUGCCUGGAUUGAUCCAAUGACAGAUAUUUCAACUUUUGAGGAUUCUUUUGAAGACAGGAGCAACAACCCUUCAGAAGAUUUUCAAAAGGCUUUAAAGCAGGCCUUGCAGAGGAAGGCACAACUUAGCUCUUGCCAAAAGUUGACUCCUGAUAGGUCUGCUCACUAUGAUCUGCAAGAACGUUCAUCUGAUAAAUGCACUUCAACUAGCACUAGCAAAACAAUUGAUGAUGUUCAAGAGAGACGAAGAGGGAAAAGGGAACGUAAACCGAAAGUUCACUUUGAUGAGGUAACACAUCCAAUGAAAUCAGAAACAAAGGUUCGUCGGUUGAAGAUAAUGCGGUACCUUGGCCUUGCACCUCCAGUUGGUUCUCCCUUUUGAGUUUUGACCAUGAUCACAAGUAAUGCAUAUUUCAAAUGUUUGCAGCCUAACAGCUGUAGUUGACCCUCCCUUUUUUAACCAUAAUAAUCUUGAAAUAUGGAUAUUUUAAAAAAAAUGCUUCUAUUUCUUGCCAUUAGCUAUGUAAAAUUUUCUAGGAUUAUAUAGUCUCAUAGUAUUACAUUACUAUCUGUAAAAACCAUAUAAGAAUUUCACGGAAUAUCAGAUUAGUUCUCUAAUAAAAGUUCAAUUUAGCACAUA